AUGGCCAUGUCCAAGUACGAGAACAUCAUCUGGGAGGAGAAGAUGAAGGAAAAGAUUAUGUCUCAUGCCGGUAUCGUCUACGCCGAGGAGCUUUUGCCAUCUUCACACUUCCAUAUCAUCAUCGCGCAGGAGAAGAAGAGCGACGGUGGUUCUUUCUACACUACCUCUCUCCUCGUAAUCUACGCGCCGGUCGGCACCGGGUACGAAGUACUCUUCUCGACCCGAGAGAGGGAGACUGUUGGGGAUGGGUUGGAGGCUAUGUUAGAGAUAUUGCAGCAGAAGGUGGCCCCUCUCUUGAAGGAACAGAUGCUCGCAGCUGAUAAGGAGUCGCACAACCCUCUGUCCGACAACUCCGGUAAAACCCAACUGGAUUUGUUACGGGAGUUGGCACCCCCGCCUCGCGCAAAGCGAGUGGCUUCAGCUACCUAG